CAAAGCAAACCCACAUCACCUUGCGCAUCGAUUGAACAGUAAGAAAUGAGAGCAGAGCUGCUUCUGUUUCAACUUCCAAAGUUUUGUCUCAGUAAAUUACUAAAUACAAAUUUUUAUUUUAUCCUUCGUAAAGGGAGGACAGAGUGGGUGCAUUAAUGUUAGAAAAUUAUUGUCCUUGAUCCUCAAACGCAGAAAUAGAAAAAGGAAUUAUUGGAGUACUCCUCGACUAGUAUAGUAUGGGCAGACCGGCAUUUCAUUCAGCGGGAGUGAAGCUAACGAACACGUGAAGUUGGGAGUUGUUUUCAGUAAGACAAGCCCCUUCACCACGUUGACUUCGCCCAUUUCUUCCUACUUUCUCUUCUCUCUCUCUCUCUCUCUUUCCUAGGGUUUUUCUUUCGACCAAUGCGCUAACAUUUUUUACACUGACAUUUGCCCUGCCUGCAUCCCCAUUGGGACGCUCUUCUUCUUCGGAUUAGCUUCUUCCCAAUGUCCCCAACAUUUUUCAAGCACUUGGAUCUGUUCGUUCAUCUGCUGGAUAUUUGAUAAAACUGUUAACAUACUGAAUUGGCGCACAUUACAAGAUCUUGAUCGAAUGCCAACCUCAUUUGAAAGAUAACAUAUCAUGAUUUCACUAAUAACUUGACGGCGUGGAACAAUGACAAAGAAACUGCCAUCUUAUGCUGAACUGCUUGCUACUAGGGAUUGAAAAACCAAGCUGUUUAACAGUGCAUUCAUGUAAAGACAGUUGCCAACAUAAAGAUUCCUAUAUCUGAGGUUUAAGUGAAUUAUGAACCGAACGAACUUCCCAAAGCGAUACUUAAUUGUCAUUUUAACCUUUAUCAGCACAUGUGUUUGUUAUAUAGAACGGGUCGGCUUCUCUAUAGCAUACACAGUUGCAGCUGAUGCUGCUGGGAUCAACCAAUCAAGCAAAGGCACAAUACUCUCCACGUUUUAUUAUGGUUAUGCUUGUUCUCAGGUGCCUGGAGGAUGGGCAGCACAAAAAAUUGGGGGACGGAAGGUUCUUCUUCUCUCAUUUGUAUUGUGGUCUUCAACUUGUUUUUUGGUUCCUCUAGAUCCCAAUAGGGUCACAGUCUUGGUUGUUGCUCGUUUGCUUGUUGGUGUGGCACAAGGUUUCAUCUUCCCUUCCAUCCACACUGUCCUAGCACAGUGGGUUCCACCCCAUGAGAGAUCAAGAUCUGUUUCUCUUACAACUUCCGGCAUGUACCUAGGUGCAGCUAUGGGAAUGCUUGUCCUUCCGAGCCUGGUGAAGUUCAAAGGUCCGCAGUCUGUAUUCAUUGCAGAAGCUGCAUUAGGUGUUGUGUGGUCUUUGCUUUGGUUUGGGUAUGCAACUGACCCCCCUCGAUCUGAGCAUCCUAAAGCCACUGCAGCUGGUUUUGGAGAAUCUUUGUUGCCAACCAAAGCAAGUCAGAAGAUAAAAGUGGAGAAUGGAGGAACUACUGUCAGAACUGCCAAAAUCCCAUGGAAAAGAAUUUUAGUCAGCAGGCCAGUCUGGGCAAUUGUGGUAAAUAAUUUCACUUUCCAUUAUGCUCUGUAUGUAUUGAUGAACUGGCUGCCAACAUACUUUGAGCAGGGCCUCCAGCUCAGUCUUCAGGAAAUGGGUUCUUCUAAGAUGAUGCCUUAUUUUAACAUGUUCAUAUUCUCAAAUAUUGGUGGGGUUCUUGCUGACCACUUGAUUACGAAAAGAAUAUUGUCUGUGACUAAAACUAGGAAGUUCUUGAACACCAUAGGGUUCGUGGUUGCUUCUCUUGCAUUGAUGGCACUUCCAAUCUUCAGAACUUCUGGUGGAGCUAUCUUCUGUUCUUCUGUGGCUCUUGGUUUCUUGGCACUUGGGAGGGCUGGGUUUGCAGUGAAUCAUAUGGAUAUUGCGCCCAGAUAUGCAGGAAUUGUAAUGGGCGUCUCUAAUACAGCUGGUACUCUAGCUGGGAUUAUUGGGGUUGAUAUGACUGGACAGCUUCUUGAAGCUGCCAAAGCUGUGUAUUCAGAUCUUUCUAGUCCAGAAAGCUGGAGAGCAGUCUUUUUCAUUCCUGGCUUGCUGUGCAUUUUCAGUUCUUUCAUAUUCUUGCUAUUCUCAACAGGGGAGAGGAUUUUUGACUGAAAUAAGCCACGUACAUUUGUACUGUUGAUUGGUACGGUCAGCUGGUCAAGGGCUUCAUAUGCAAAGCUAUCAUGGUGAUUAGUCUGGUAUUUUAAUGCAUGUAAACCCCACCUGGGAAGGAUAUAUUGAAAUUCACAAGACCAUAGAAGGUCAAAAGAAAUCAACACAGAGCAGUAGCAGUAGCAGAUUUAGAAAAUCAUUUUUUGAUUGUUAAUGCAGGUUUAUUUUUUCCACAUGGAACGAUGAAACUUUUGUUAAAUGCAUUGACUGAUUUACAUGUAAACAGGGGCCAGACCCUGUUGCCCUGAGAUCCUACAAUCUUCUUGCUAGUACUCUCUAACUAGAAAAGUUUUAAAUUUUGCCCCUUUGAAAUUGAAUGAGUGUUUCACUUUA